UUCUCGUUUAAUGUCGUUCCGGUUAUUCAAUUUAAAGCAAAAAAUCCCUUUUAAUUGUAAAUUUUAAAUUAAACGAAUCGUAAAUUCGAGGUUGGAGGAGAUAAAAGAGUCGAAAGACUUUUUCCCCGCGUUCAAGCACGAGUCGGCAUCCCGCCGCCUGUUGGCAGCCCUGAUUCUACUUACUCUACUAUGUUUGAGUCGGGAGCUCGGUUUCUCUGUCUCGAUUCUAAUGCAUUUUUAUGAUUUCAUCCUUGGUUUUCCGUCGGAGAGUUUCGAUGUAAAAGCCGGUUUUUCGACCAGGGUUGAGCUUAAUUCGCCUUAAAAGUACGAAGGCCGGCUUUUGAUUUUCGAUCCCCGAGCUUAGGCGUUCGACGAAUUCCCUUUGUCAUGGAUAUGACAAGUGCUGAAGAACUUGGCCUGGUCUGGAUGGGGGAUAUGCUCCUCCAUAAUGACCCAGGUGGUCUUAUGAUCAAUUCUGCAAUAGACCCUCAUCGAGCAACAUUUUUUACGGAGGCGCAACAGACGCUCGAUGAAAUGAGACAGUCAGCUCCAAUGUAUGUCCAAGAUAUGAACAACUUUAUGAUGCUAGACGACAUAGAGGAUCCCUACUUUGAAGAUGACAGCGACAAGAUCGAAUGUGAAAGUCAAGUGUUGCAGUCUUCCAUGGAAGAAGACACUAGACUUCCUACACCAAUUGAAGUCCCAUGCAGUAGGAAGAUCAGGCCCGUUAAACAUCCAGGGCUGAAGUUGCAGACACCAAUCGCAUACCAAAGAGAUACAGAUCCAAAUGUCAUACCUAUAAAAAAGGAUGGAAUGGCGGUUUGUGAAAAAUGUGGCGCAAUAGGGGUUAAACAUGCUUUUUAUACGAAAGAGAGAAGGUUUUGCAGUUUAGCCUGUGCAAGGGGUUCGGCAGAAGGACCACCUCAACCGGCACCGCAAGAAGAAGAUGAUGAUGUCUCAAGCCAUACUGAGAAGAUGGCAGUUGAUACGGAAGUCAGAAUUAAAAUACAUGCAAAUUUGCCUCCAGUUCCAGCUCCUCUUCCUGUGCCCGAGGACGAUCCUCUAUUCCCACCUGAUAAAAAGACACUUCCUCACCUUGUAGGAACUUACGAGUGGAUUGAACUGCUAGCUGAUCCUCAUUUCUCGGCCACAUCCGUUUCUUCAUUCACCCACGCACCAAUGUCGAAUAAUUGGGAUAAUAUCACAGUCGGUAUGAAGGUCGAGGUUGAAAAUACAGACUGUGAGAGCUAUUCUGAUGUCAUACCUGACUCUUUUUGGGUAGCGACGGUACUCAAAAUCGCUGGUUAUAAAGCAUUAUUGAGGUAUGAAGGCUUUGGUCAUAAUGGGAGUAAAGAUUUCUGGAUUAAUCUGUGCUCCUCUGUCGUUCACCCUGUCGGAUGGUGUGCCAAUAGAGGAAAACCCUUGAUCCCUCCUAGAACAAUCGAAGAUAAGUACAAAGACUGGAAACAUUUCCUUGUGAAGAGACUGACAGGGGCACGGACAUUACCUUCCAAUUUCUACACAAAAGUUCACGAAAGUAUGAAAUCUCGGUUUAGAUGCGAUUUAAAUUUGGAAGUAGUCGAUAAAAAUAGGAUAUCACAAGUGAAAGUAGCAACAAUCAAACAUAUUGUCGGAAAACGGCUACAUGUCCGAUAUUAUGACGCUGACUCCUCUGAUAAUGGCUUCUGGGCUCAUGAAGACUCUCCUCUAAUACAUCCUGUUGGUUGGGCCAAAAGAGUCGGCCAGACCUUAGCUGCGCCUCCUCAUUACGUCGAUCGUUGCCUGAAAGGCUUGAGGGACAAGGACGAUGCCACAGAGGAUCUAUUCCCACUCUCCAACUCUCUACCGUACCACACUGGCUUCUGCCGGGGCAUGAAGUUAGAAGCUGUCGACCCUUUGAAUCUAUCUACCAUAUGCGUAUCAACUAUAAUGAAAGUCUUAAACGAAGGUUACCUAUUAAUUCGAAUCGACUCGUACGAUGAAAACAUUAAUUCUCCCGGAUCAGACUGGUUUUGUUACCACUCCUCAUCAGCCUGCAUACUUCCACCCGGCUUCUGUUUUCACAAUGACAUCACACUAACACCCCCGAAAGGCUAUGAGGGCAAGUCAUUCAGUUGGACUGAAUAUUUGAAGGAGACGGACAGUCGUGCAGCACCUGCCGAAUUAUUCGAUAUUGACCCUCCAGAGCAUGGUUUCACCAUUGGGCAGAGACUAGAAUGUGCCGAUUUAAUGGAUCCAAGACUCGUCUGCGUUGCAACGGUUGCACGACUGGUCGGCCGUCUCAUCAAGGUUCAUUUUGAUGGGUGGGAGGAUGAAUACGACCAGUGGUUGGAUGUACAAUCUCCUGAUAUGUAUCCAGUCGGCUGGUGCGAACUCGUCUCUCACAAAUUGGAAGAACCACAUUCUCCUCCAAAAUUAAGUCCACAAUCAAUGAAAGCAAAAGGUGAACGGACGGCAAAGAAAAGGAGAGGUAGGAGGCCAAUGCAAAGGAAAAUACCAGGUUUGAACGGAAAGCCUGAAAAAGAUGAAAAGGAAACUGCUGAGCCCGAUGAUGAAAUAAAUAAACCAAUAAAUAUUCUUCCGUCUGCCUCAGCCACCCCCUUGAAUACUCCACCUCUCAACAGCCAGCCCACUAAAAGUGACAAGGAUGAAGGACCUCCUAGGAAAAAACGAGGAAGGCCACCUGUCAAAAAGAAGCCGCAAGGUAUCAACGGGGAAACGGGAAAAAUGGAAAAGAUGGACAUUAGCCUGUCAGACAUGGUGAAAGACGAGGAACGACUUUUAUCCCAGAUCAAGGAAACUGUGACAGCCUCGGUACCCACCAACCUCACGGGGAGCCAGCUAGCCAAGCCUUGUGCCUCUGCAGGAGAAAUUAAAGACGAAAGUCCGGAAAGCAUGUCAGUGGAAACUGGAGAAGACCCAGGCCACAUGCAAGCCCUCCCUGAAGAACUGAACCUUAAAUCUAAUCAAUUAUUGCCUUCGAAGGAGGAUGAAAUAGAAGCGGAGGAUACAAAGGAGAACACAUCAAAAUUAAUUCCAAGGCUGAUAGAUGCGACGGAUAUAGUGGAACUCUCUAAAAUCGACCCAACCGAGUGGGAUGAAAAUGAUGUCGGACAGUUCCUCUCAAUAAACAAUUGUGGCCCUUAUCGAGAAAGUUUUACUUGCAAGAAAAUUGAUGGCAAAGUUCUGCUGACACUAACAAAGGACCAGAUAAUAGAUCUCACCGGAAAGAAGGUCGGACCGUCGCUUAAAAUCUACGAUUUGAUACAGCAGCUGAAACUCAAAGUCAACCCGGCGCAGGAGAGAAUCAGAGUCAAAAAGUUCUUUUAAUAUUCCAGCCUUAAUUGUGACAUUGCAUACGCUUUAAACUCAAGUGGAAAACAAAUUGAUCAGAAAGCAAAUCGAGUGGAUUUUUAAUCUGGUGGUUUGGUAUUUUUUACGAUUGGGUUUUGUUUGUUUUAUUUUCUUUCUACAAAACGCAAACAAUUUUUUUUCUCUUUUAAGUGUAAUUAAUGAUUUCUGGUGACAUAUUUUUUUUACAUUGUAAAUAGUAGUAGUUUUCGGAUUAAUGUGCCUGAAAAGCAAUAUACAUAUUAUUGUAUAUUUUUUAGAUUUUAAAGCUCAUCAAUUUUGGUUCUUAAUUGACAAUUAAAUAUUAAUCAAAUUGUAUUAGCCAUGUAGUUAAAAAUUCAAAACCCAUUUUCCUUAAUCAAAUGAAAAUAUGUUUUUAAAUUACUAUAACUGAUUUUUUCUUUUUUUUAGUGUAUAAAAUGAGUAUAUUAGGCUUAGAUGAACCAAUUUAUAUACGAACAUGUCAGAUUCAUUAAAUAUUUCUUCAAACGUUCUAAAGUCAUUGAUAAAAUGAAAUAUUUUUGUAUAGAUUAUCUAACAGUUUUUCUCUGUUUUGCAUUUUAUCUAUUAAUUAAUAAUUAUUUUUUAGAGCACUAUAUUUUAGAAUAGGAUGGACAUUGUGAACAAAAAACAACAAACAAACUAACUUAAAAGAAAAUAAUUGAAAUGAAAAGCCUUGGCUCUACCUCAUAAAUUUAAUAACGUCGGAGCAAUAAACCACCACUUUGCAUAAGAAGCAAUAUUGUCAAUGGUCUUACUAGAGUAUAAAUUAUAUUGGAAAGUAUUCAUCUUUGUUUUUCUUCAAUCGCAUUACGGUAGUGUUACAAAAUACAAUUACAUCCCAGGUUAUUUUAUGCUUGUGAGUUUUUAAAUUUUGUAAAUAACUGACUUUUUAGUUGAGAAGUUUUGUUGUACAUUCUAAAACAAACAACAAAAUAUGUUUGUUCUUUCGUUUCAAUUAAAUGAAAGGUUUUGAGGACAAACUAAUUUUACUAAAAUAAUUUUUAAAAGUACUUUUGGUCUGACAUAACAUGAAUUAUAGAAACUAGUACCUUUUAUAAGAGCUUUACCUAAACUUUUUUAACAAUUAUUGUAUUUAUUUUUUCUUAAAAAAAUUGCUGUUCAAUAAUUUUUUGAUGCCAGGAAACUAUUUGUUGAGAAAUCGUUGCAAGAGAGAAUAACAGUUGUCUGUCAAAAAUAUCAGCCUGUCAAUAUAAAAAAUAAUUUUUGGGUUGUCUUAGCACUGAGUCUGCCUCAUAUGUUAGUGUCUUCCCUCCACUUUUCCUGACCAAAUAAAAAAAAUAGCAACCAAAUAACUGGAGGGAUAGCUGAAUGAUAUCGUGCCUUAGGAUGGACUGGAAAUUAGUAGACUGAGGAAAAUGAUUCUUCCAAAAUGCUAAACCUAUUUAAUUGAUUUUAAACUAAAAGACCAAAAGUACGAAUAAAACAGUCCUCAUGCCUUGUCUUUUUGUAGGUUUUGUUCAUAAUCUAGGGAAGGCAAGAAAGAGGUUUGCUCUAUUGUAAAAUGUAUUAUAAAGAAAACUAAUAAAUAUCGUUAUGAAAUGACAAAACAUUCA